CUGUGGGUGGCUUCCCUUGACGAUUACAAACAGAAACAAAUUUGAAUCUGAGACUUCAGGCCCCACACAAACCAUAAACUGCUGGAGGGGGCAAUGGCUGUGGCCCUGGGUUGUGCAAUCCAAGCCUCCUUGAAUCAGGGCUCUGUGUUUCAAGAGUAUGACACUGACUGUGAAGUCUUCCGUCAGCGCUUCAGGCAGUUCCAGUACAGAGAAGCAGCCGGGCCUCAUGAAGCUUUCAACAAACUCUGGGAGCUUUGCUGCCAAUGGCUGAAGCCAAAGAUGCGUUCUAAGGAACAAAUCCUGGAGCUGCUAGUGUUGGAACAAUUCCUAACUAUUCUGCCCACGGAGAUAGAGACCUGGGUGAGGGAACACUGCCCAGAGAAUAGAGAAAGAGUCGUGUCACUGAUAGAAGACCUACAGAGAGAACUUGAGAUACCAGAGCAGCAGGUCGAUAUGCAUGACAUGCUCUUGGAAGAACUGGCACCAGUGGGAACAACACACAUACCACCAAACAUUCACCUGGAGUCAACCGCAAUCCAGGUAAUGGGACCUGCCCAGGAGUCCCCAGUGGCAGAGGUAUGGAUCCCACAGGCAGGGCCACAGGAGCUGAACUACAGUGCUGCUGGUGAAUGUCAGCCCUUUCUGGACUCUGGAUAUCCAUUACCAAAGCUUGAUGUGAACUUUACAUUGGAGCAAAGAGAAGAGCCGUGGGUGAAGGAAUUACAGGAUUCCAAAGAAAUGAAACAAUUACUUGAUUCCAAGAUAGGUUUUGAAAUUGGGAUAGAAAAUGCAGAAGAUACUUCAAAACAGAAAAAAAUGGAGGAUAUGUAUCCAUUUUCUGUAACUUUAGAGGGGAAUCCUCUCCACAGUCCCAUUUUGCAAAAAGACUAUGUACAAUUAGAAAAUCAAUGGGACCCCCCCCCAGCAGAUUUACAGAAAGAUUUAACAAAACUUGUAGAUCACCAGAACCCCACUGUAGGAGAGGUACCUGAGAGCUCCAACUUGGAAGAACCUCUCAACCCUAGACUUCAUAAGAAAAAGAGUCCAGGAGAGAAGCCUCACCGAUGUCCUCAGUGUGGAAAAUGUUUUGCUCGGAAGUCACAACUUACUGGGCACCAGAGAAUUCACUCAGGAGAGGAACCUCACAAAUGCCCUGAAUGUGGGAAAAGAUUCCUUCGUAGUUCAGACCUUUAUAGACACCAACGACUUCAUACAGGGGAGAGACCCUAUGAAUGCACUGUAUGUAAAAAGCGGUUCACUCGGCGGUCACACCUUAUAGGGCAUCAGAGAACCCAUUCUGAAGAAGAAACAUAUAAAUGCCUUGAGUGUGGGAAAAGUUUUUGUCAUGGUUCAAGUCUUAAAAGACAUCUGAAAACUCAUACAGGUGAAAAACCUCAUAGAUGUCAUAAUUGUGGGAAAAGUUUCAGUCGACUGACAGCUCUUACUUUACACCAGAGAACGCAUACUGAGGAGAGACCUUUUAAAUGUAAUUACUGUGGGAAAAGCUUUAGACAGAGACCAAGCCUUGUUAUUCAUUUAAGAAUCCAUACAGGGGAGAAGCCAUACAAGUGUACUCAUUGUUCUAAAAGCUUCAGGCAGAGAGCAGGCCUUAUUAUGCACCAAGUCACUCACUUUAGAGGACUUCUUUAAGAA